CGAGGGAGGAGGCGGCGAGGAGCGCGCCGGCCGCGGCCGCGGGAGGGGGGGGGGGGGUUUGGAAAAAUGACUCAGUAAGUUCAGCGCGCCCGCUCCGGCCGGCCCUGCGCCUCCCGCCGCGCCCGGGAUGUAUUCGUCCCCGCUCUGCCUGACCCAGGAUGAGUUCCACCCUUUCAUCGAGGCGCUGCUGCCUCACGUCCGCGCCUUCGCCUACACCUGGUUCAACCUGCAGGCGCGGAAGCGCAAGUACUUCAAGAAGCAUGAGAAGCGGAUGUCAAAGGAUGAGGAGCGGGCGGUGAAGGACGAGCUGCUGGGUGAGAAGGCCGAAGUCAAGCAGAAGUGGGCAUCGCGGCUGCUGGCCAAGCUGCGCAAGGACAUCCGGCCCGAGUGCCGCGAGGACUUCGUGCUGGCCAUCACCGGCAAGAAGGCGCCGGGCUGUGUGCUCUCCAACCCUGACCAGAAGGGCAAGAUGCGCCGCAUCGACUGCCUGCGUCAGGCUGACAAGGUGUGGCGGCUGGACCUGGUCAUGGUCAUCCUCUUCAAGGGCAUCCCCCUGGAGAGCACCGACGGCGAGCGCCUGGUCAAGGCGGCGCAGUGCGGCCACCCGGUGCUCUGCGUGCAGCCGCACCACAUCGGCGUGGCGGUCAAGGAGCUCGACCUCUACCUGGCCUACUUCGUGCGGGAGCGAGAUGCAGAGCAGAGUGGCAGUCCUCGGGCAGGGAUGGGCUCCGACCAGGAGGACAGCAAGCCCAUCACACUGGACACCACCGACUUCCAGGAGAGCUUCGUCACCUCCGGUGUGUUCAGUGUCACUGAGCUCAUCCAAGUGUCCCGGACACCUGUGGUGACUGGAACAGGACCCAACUUCUCCCUGGGGGAGCUGCAGGGACACCUGGCAUAUGACCUAAAUCCAGCCAGCACCGGCAUGAGAAGAACGCUACCCAGCACAUCCUCCAGCGGGAGCAAGCGGCACAAAUCCGGCUCGAUGGAGGAAGACGUGGACACAAGCCCCGGCGGCGAUUACUACACUUCGCCCAGUUCUCCCACGAGUAGCAGCCGCAACUGGACGGAGGACAUGGAAGGAGGCAUCUCAUCCCCAGUGAAGAAAACAGAGAUGGACAAGUCUCCUUUCAACAGCCCAUCUCCCCAGGACUCACCUCGCCUCUCCAGCUUCACCCAGCACCACCGGCCCGUCAUCGCCGUGCACAGUGGGAUCGCCCGAAGCCCUCACCCGUCCUCAGCCCUGCACUUCCCCACCACCUCCAUCCUGCCCCAGACGGCCUCUACCUACUUCCCGCACACGGCCAUCCGCUACCCGCCUCACCUCAACCCCCAGGACCCGCUCAAAGAUCUCGUCUCGCUGGCCUGUGACCCAGCCAGUCAGCAGCCUGGACCGUUAAAUGGAAGUGGCCAGCUCAAAAUGUCCAGUCACUGCCUUUCUGCUCAGAUGCUGGCACCCCCGCCCCCCGGGCUGCCGCGGCUGGCGCUCCCCCCUGCCACCAAACCCACCUCCGAGGGAGGAAGCUCGUCGCCGACCUCGCCCUUCCUGGUAUCUGGGAUAAGAAAGAUUUCUUCCCAAGCCCUGCUCCUUCGUCCCAGGAAUCCCAGGGGGCCGCAUGGUCGGCCCCCGGCCCACGUUUUCGGUGGAAAGCUACAGCAAGCAAGAACGCCCCGCCGCCGACUCCCAGCCCGGCCGAAAGACAAAAUCACACAGACACAUAAACACAGGAGGAAAAAAAGAAAAAAAAAAAACGGAAAAAAAAAAAAGACAAACGGGGGAAAAAAUUACAAUACAUAAAGAUAAACCCACCCAACCAAGAAGAUAGACGGUAAAGAUGACAACGCUUCGGACUCUCGGGACACCACGGCCGGACGGACCGGACGCUCGGGAUCGUCCUAAGUUAUUCAUCUCCUCUCGCUGCUGCUGCUGCCGGUCAGGGAGGCCCAGCCACGCCCGCCUCCUCCCAGGACCAGGUGAGCGCAGCCUGGAGCCCGCGCCAGGCCCACGGGGCAGGGCACCCAGUGAGGCCUCCGCUCCACCCGCGCGCCCACCGCCACCUCCAGGACAGUGUUUGCCAGGCUGGGGAGGCUGGCCCUGGGGGGCUGGCAGGGACCCCAGCAGCAGGCAGCGGAGGCGGCUGGGUGGGCAGGGGGCGACGGGGCCAGAAGAGGGUGGCAGGGAGACCCCGGCAAGGCCAGGGCACUAGCACGUGGCGGAUGCUCGGCGAAGGCACGCCCGGCAGGCGUGGACCUCUACCUGCUCUUUUGCGUGAAGCCCCUCCGCACCUGCCGGGUUUGGGAGCCGUCUCUAUGCAAAUGACCCCCAGCCCCACCCCAGGCAUAGGAGGCCACCCCAGCGCACCCCAGCCCCCCUCCCACUGGCUCCACACCCCCAUCCCCACCCUGGGAGGGCCCCACGUUGCACACACUGUAAGAAAUGCACUUUUCCAAGGAAGGGGCUGGGGGCGGUGGAGCGGAGAGGCCUGGGGGCUGCUCUGGUCUCUCUAUCCACCCAACCCUUGAACUGGGGAGGACCCCCCUCACUUAGCCCGUGGAGGUGGGAGGUGAGAGCGAGUGGUUUAAGUGCCUGAUUUCCACCGCCCGCCCCCCUCCCCUGUGUCCAGCUGGGACGAGAGUGGCCGUGGGCCUCCCCCCUCCCUCCUCUCCCACAACCUGACCCCUUCCAGUCGCUGACCCCUCAUUGCUAUGACCCCAUCAGAGCUAGAGAGAUGGAACCCCUGCCCCCAGCAGGCCCAAGGGGCAGAGCUGGGCCUCCUCCCAGUGUCCUGCCCCGCUGGGGUAUGGGGCCUGGGGUCUCGAGAAGCUGGUGUGCCCCCUCUGCCCCCACGUCUCCUCUGCCAGUGCCUUACAUCCUGGAGCGACAGCCCCUCCCUGGUGCCUCCCGGCCCAAAGGGGGACCACGGUUUGCACUUUCAUCCCCCAUCCCUGCCGAAGUGGGGCACAGCCAGGAGGCGUCGCCCGCUGGGUGGCCAGAAGGAGAGGGGCCAGGCCACCUGUGGUCCAGAACAGGGCCGGGGGCUCCGGCUGGGGGCGGGCAAGUCGGCGCCUUGGGGCUCCCUGCUGCCAUGUAGGGGGGCCUCCCAUCUGCUAAACAUUUUCCGUUGAGCCGCUCCAAAAACACUAAACCUGGGGACAUGGGGUGCCCCUUUACCCCAGCUCCCCGGCCCCAUCCAUGCCUCCUCCCCGGGAUGGCCAUCUUGGGAAGGGGGGCCUGGGAAAGGGUGUUAGGUGUUCUGGGGUCUCCAGGCCCAAACACAAAGACCCCUUCUGGCCAUCUGUCUGAAUCCCAACUGGUCUCCAUGCCUGGCGCUGGGGAAUGCCGACCCCCAUCCCCGGCCUAGGCCAAAGCCAUGGCCCUGGGAGGGCCUCUGCCCACUGCUCCUAGCCUGACCCACCCCUCCCUCUCCUGGUAAACCCCUCGUGCCCCGGGCCUGGCCAGCCUCCUCCCACCUCCCCAGACACCGGACUUUCCUCCCAAACCAGCCCAAGGGGCUUGGUGAACCCACUGGAUCAUAAAGAGAAAGACACCCCCCACACACAAGACCCUUCCCCACCAGCCGCACUCCCACUGUCCGGAGGGGUUCGAGAACCCUUGGUCCGUCCGUCUGUCCCCAGGGCCCCUCCAGCAGGUGGCUGUUGGGGACCAAAGCAUGGGCCGCUCUGGGGGAGGGCAGGAGGGGUGGGUCGUGCAGUUGGGGUAUCCGGAAGCUUGUCAGCCGGGAACCUGAGGGUGCGGGUAGGCAGGGAAGGGGAAGGGGCACCCGGCAGCCCCCAGCUUCCUAACUUUGCAUGGUGCUUAGUCGAGGAUUUCUGUGACCUGGCUCCUGACUUCAGCUCGCGGCGGCUGAAACUGCAUGGCAAUUGAUACUGGCUCUAUCUCCCUCCCUACGCCACCCCCGACUCCAGCCCUUCACCACCACCCUCCUUCUCUUUAAAAGAAAACAAAAAAAAGAUACAGAAAAAAAAAACCCUUAAAAAAAUUCCAUGUUUCCUAAUUUGCACGAAAUUUUCUAUCACAUGAUGUGCCUUGCCUUCCAAGAAUAAGUAUUACCUUUAAACAAUAUCAGCGCACACAGAUAGCUGCAUGCACUGCUCGUGUAGUUUAAAAGAAAAAAUGACAAAACAAUGACAUGAAAUAAAAAGUAAAAAUUGAAAA